GGACUUUUAUUGUGUCAGGGAGUUGAAAAUAUUUCCAUAACCUGGAAACAGACUACACUGGAACCUCUUGAGCUAAAAUGUAUGAAAAAUAUAAUUUUACAGGUCAUAUGGCUUUGUACCGACAAAGCAGAAGGGUUUAAAUAGACUGAAAGAUAUGCAAUGGACUGGGAACAACUUGAACUGAAUCCAAGGAUUAUUAAUGCUCUGAAAAAGGCCUGUUUGAAAUCAGCGAAAGAGAUUCUCAGUCUUUCGGGUCCUGAACUGCAGAGAAUCGCUCAUCUUUCCCAGAGUGAGGUGAAGCGUGUGCAGGCUGCUGUUGCUGCUGCAUAUCGCAGUUCACCUCCCGUUACAGCUUUACAGUUGGCUCGUGGAGAAUGUCCUUCCUUGGAGCCUGGACACAGACUUUCAUUGGCCUGCCCUGUUUUGGAUGACCUUUUGCGGGGAGGCCUCCCACUGCAUGGAAUCACAGAGUUGGCUGGCGAGAGUGCUGCUGGAAAGACUCAGUUUGGGCUGCAGCUUUGCCUGUCUGUCCAGUAUCCGCAGGAUCAUGGGGGGCUCGGAUCAGGAGCUGUAUACAUCUGCACUGAAGAUUCUUUUCCUAUCAAACGGUUGCGUCAGCUGAUUACUCAGCAGUCCCGGCUCCGCCCUAAUUUACCACAGGCUCUGAUCCGCAGCCUCCGCUUCAGUGACAACAUCUACAUCGAGCACACUUCAGACCUGGAGGCUCUUCAGACGUGUGUAUCGCAGCGUGUGCCCAUGCUAUUGGAGCGAGGUUUGGCGCGUCUGGUUGUGGUGGACUCUGUGGCUGCUCUGUUCCGUACUGAGUUCCAAGCUGAUGAAGCCAUAGAGAGAGCCCGCCACCUGCUUGCCUUCUCUGCCGCCCUGCAUCGUAUCAGUCAUACACACGGUGCACCUGUGUUCUGCAUCAACCAGGUGUCAGAUGUUGUGGAUGGCCCGAACCCAGGACGCUGUGAUUAUGGGCUCGUAGACAGUAAGGUGCUACCUGCACUCGGCAUUGCUUGGGCCAACCAGGUGAUGGUGCGUCUAAUGCUGAGGAGACAGGAGGGCUGUUUAAGAUCAGGGGGCCAGACUUGUGCUCCCCGCAAAUUAGAGGUGGUAUUUGCGCCCCACCUUCCGCGAGCCAGCUGCCUGUGUGGAGUUUGGGAAGAAGGGGUUAGAGGGAUUUCUCAUGAAGACAUCAAUGCACAGCCUCAAACCCCUUCAUAAUGAUACUUCUACAGAGGGAAAUGUCCUAGAGGAACAGCACACCAGAGAUUUUUGGAGAUAAAGAACUCCAUACACUGUAUAAAUAAAAGUAAUCUUUUUUUGUUGAAGUGACCUCUGGCAAGGUCACUUGGCUACAAGCAUUAUACAAACAAAAGACUAUAUUAGUUCUUUAUGAAUGUUUGUCUUUGAUACAUUGAAUAAAUGAUAAUUUUAUCAAACUUUGUGAUGUUAUCUCAUCAGGAGUAUAAUCUUAUAAUAAU